CAUGUGACCGGGCGCUUCUUUUUUUGAAGCGUCAAUUCCUCAUUCAAGCACAGUUCAUUUUUCUGGACUUCAGGAUAUGGCUGCGUCAGCUCUGGUCGCCUGCCUCCUUUUCCUCACCUUCUCCGUGACAGAUGGCUACCUGCUGCAUGUGGAACAUGUCUGUGUGUUCAACUCGAGUGACCCGAAUGACAUCGAGUACUUGCUGAUUUACAACUACAACAAACUGAAGCUUUUCAGCUUCAGCAGCACUUUGGAUAUGUUCGUCGGCUACACCGAGUUUGGCAUCAAGCAGGCUACCUACUUCAACAACGACAAAGACUACAUCGCCAACGUGAGAGCCGAGAAGGAACGCGUUUGUUUCCACAAUAUUAAGCUUGACUACGAAAGUGCGCUCACCAAGUCAGCCAAGCCUUACGUCAGACUUCACUCGGAGUCUCCUCCGGAGGGCUCCCACUCCGCCAUGCUGGUGUGCAUCGUCUACGACUUCUACCCCAAGCAGAUCCGCGUCACCUGGCUGAGGGACGGCCAGGAAGCCACAGGCGAGGUGACCUCCACCGACGAGAUGCCCGACGGCGACUGGUACUACCAGGUCCACUCUCACCUGGUCUACACGCCUAAGUCCGGAGAGAAGAUCACCUGUGUGGUGGAACACGCCAGCCUUGACAAACCUCUGCAUGUGGACUGGGAUACGUCCCUCCCCAAGUCGGAGAAAAACAAGUUGGCCAUCGGUGGGGCUGGACUGACUCUGGGUGUGGUCCUUUCCCUGGGAGGCUUCUUGUACUACCGAAAGCAGUGUCGCGGUCGCAUUCUGGUUCCCACCGACUGAUUCGGCUCCCGGACCAACCCGCUUGGGCUUUGCCGCAUUUGAUCAAGAUUGUACACGUUUCUGCUCGCACUGAGUGAUCAAUAGAUUGGAUCGGUUGCUCAUCAUUUUAGCUUUAUGAGACAACUCGGAGUCACUGGCUACCGAUUUGUUUUGCUUAACUGACUCCAGCUCUCACCCAAUGAUUUGCCCCGCUGCACAUGAUGACUAGCCUUUUAUUAUUAAACUUGUCCAAAUGAGAAAUAACAUGAUCAGACUACGACAAACCAGAUCAGGGAAGACUAGGAUAGACCAGUACAAUCUGGACUAGACUCCAGCAGACCAGACGAAAACAGUGUAAUCAAGUCAAAAACAUACCGAACAAGACCAGGCUAGAUGGACUACAACAACAGGCCACAUUAAAUUUGACUUGCACAGAACAGACAAAUCUACCACAUGUUGGACUCCAGGGGUAGGAAACUCCGGUCCAAGAGAGCCGCAGUCCUGCUUGUUUUAGAAGUUCCCUCUUCCAACACACCUAAUUCGAGGGAUCAGGGUCGUUAUCGGGCUCUUACAGAGCCUGCUGAUGAGCUCUGCGUUUGAAUCAGGUGUGUCGGAGGAAGGGGAAACUUCGAAAACAAGCAGGACUGCGGCUCUCUCGGACCGGAGUUGCCGACCCAUGUUCAAGACAAAACAAAGCAAACCCAGAUGAGACGACAAGAACGGUACAGGACAGACUACAACAGAUGCAACAGCCAACACCGUCCUAGCACAGGCCAGAUUAGACCAGCAUGCAACUCGCCCGCCCAGCAAAGACUACGUUCAAUCACUCUAGAAAAUAUCAGUGAAGAAUAUAACAAGAUCAAUCAAGAUUAGUACAGAUCAGCGGACAACCACACCAGACACCGAGACAACAACAGACCACCAGACUAGACCAAAACAGACCCUCACAGCACAAGACUACAAUAAAUCAAAAGUAGAAACUUGAGUGAAGAACAAAACAAGAUUCGACAAGACUACAACACACCUGACUAGAAGGGUGGUGGAGGACCAGACAAGAUUAGACUUGGCUACACCAGGUGAGAACGGACCAGAUGAGAUCAGGUUAUAACAGUUUGGACCAGACCAGGCUAGAUUACUUUAUUUUGCUUUUUUGAUGAAUAAACUUAAGUGAUUGUGA